AUGUUUCUUUAUAACAUCACCCUUCAGAGAGCUACUGACAUCAUCUUUGCCAUCCAUGGAAACUCAGGAACCAAGUUGCAGGAGAUUGUGGUUUCCCUGGGUAAGAUUAUGGAGUUACUCUGUCCAGAUGCUAAUACUGGCAAGGUGCACACUCUCCUGACGGUGGAGGUUUUCAGGAUUAUUCGCUCACUCAUGGCGUUUCGUCUGACCGGAGAAACCAAGGAUUAUAUCGUGGUGGGCAGCGACUCCGGGCGUAUCAUUAUUUUGGAAUAUCACCCCUCUAAGAAUAUGUUUGAAAAGAUCCAUCAGUAG